AUGGCAUCAUUGGCCAACCUCUUAGUAUCGCUUCUACUGAUUGCCACCUUCUCCUUCUCCUUUGCACCCAUACGCUGCUAUGUUAAUCGAGCAGAUGUAAGGGUACAACAUGGUGCCAACAAUAAGUCCGCCCACCACACUUACAUUGUGCUCGUUAAGCCACCGCCCUCGCCCUCGCCCUCGAAUGUAGAUGAAGACACGUACCAAAAUUGGUACGAGUCUUUCUUGCCCAAAUCACGCGGUGGUGACUCAGGCAAGUCACGCAUUGUGCACUCCUACACCGAGGUGUUCAGUGGCUUCGCCGCAAGUCUCACUGAUCGGGAGCUCAAUGCACUUGCAAAGAGUCCGGGGUUCGUGCGUGCGUUUAGGGACCAAACGCGACACCUCAUGACCACGUACACUCCAAAGUUCCUUGGGCUCAGAAACGGCACCGAGCUCUGGAGCAACACCGGCUACGGGAAGGGAGUCAUCAUCGGGUUGCUCGAUAGCGGCAUCUACGCGGAGCACCCUUCGUUUGAUGGUGAAAACAUCGCGCCUCCCCCGGCAAGGUGGAAGGGAUCAUGCAAGGCAACCCGGUGCAACAACAAGCUCAUCGGCGCACAGUCGUUCAUCGAAGAUGACGAUGAUCCUAGCGACCAACAGGGGCAUGGGACGCACACCUCAUCCACGGCGGCCGGUAACUUUGUCGUCGACGCGUCGUAUCAUGGUAUGGGAGCGGGCACCGCAUCGGGGGUUGCUCCUGGCGCCCAUAUCGCCAUGUACAAGGUGUGCGCCGAUGGAGAUUGUGAUGAUUCCGCCAUAGUUGCCGGCAUCGACGCAGCCAUCAAGGAUGGGGUGGAUGUGCUCUCCCUCUCCCUUGGCCAUAUUGGCAGCCUCAGGUUCGAUGAAGACCCCGUCGCCAUCAGCACAUUCCGUGCCAUAUCAAAGGGCAUCGUCGUGGUUUGCACGGGUGGCAACGAAGGGCCCGAUUCACAUUCCGUGAGCAAUGAUGCGCCAUGGUUGCUCACAGUCGGCGCUAGCUCGGUGGAUCGGAGCUUUGACAUCGAUGUCAGUCUCAGCAAUGGCAAGAGCAUCCAUGGAGAAGGGCUUAGCCAGGUGGCGAAGCCGAGGUCGAAGAUGCAUCCACUCCUCUACUCCCAAGAACGGGGCAAGUGUGACUACAUGGGUAACCAUGUCGUCAGUGAGAAGAUCGUCGUUUGUGAAUCGGAUACCACCCAUGAGAACAUCGACGACAUCAUGAGUGCCGGUGCGGCAGGAGUGGUGCUACUCAACUAUGAAUCCUACGGAUACACGAUCGCGCUUGAGGAAUACAACUCCAGUGUGGCGCAGGUGAGCGCAAACGACGGCGCCGUCCUCAGAGCUUACGCGACAUCGAGGAGCAGCCCGACGGGCGCCAUCUUCUCAUACCACAACACAUCGCUUGGCGUCCAUCCGGCCCCUGUGGUGGCAUCCUUCUCCUCCCGAGGUCCAAGCAUCGCCAUCCCCGGCGUGCUCAAACCGGACAUACUGGCGCCGGGGCUCAACAUCCUUGCUGCGUGGCCGCCGGAGACGGACUCCAUACCGGGACCUUUCAACAUCAUGUCCGGCACAUCCAUGGCAGCGCCGCACGUUAGCGGCGUCGCCGCGCUUAUCAAGAGCUUGCAUCCAGGCUGGUCCCCGGCCGCCAUCAAGUCGGCCAUCUUGACGACGGCGGACGCCGUUAACAGCACCGGCGGCUCCAUCUUGGACGAGGAUCACAAGAAAGCCGACGCGUACGCGAAAGGCGCGGGGCAUGUGAACCCGGCGAGAGCCGCCGACCCUGGCCUGGUGUAUGACCUCGGUGUCGUCGACUAUGCCGGCUACAUCUGCUGGCUCCACGGCGACCAAGGCCUGGCAACCGUCGUGCAUGACAGUAGAUUGUCUUGCGCGAAGCUGCCCAAGGUAGCGGACGUGCAGCUCAACUACCCGACGAUAACGGUGCCGCUGAAGCCGACAACCUUCGCCGUGAACCGGACGGUGACGAACGUAGGGCCGCCGGCAUCGACCUACACCGUGAAGUUGGACGUGCCCAAAUCGCUCAACGUACAUGUCACCCCGAACAAGUUGGUGUUCUCAAAGGCUGGGGAGAAGAGGACGUUCACUGUGUCGGUGAGUGGCAGGGGAGUUGUUCAUGGACAGGGGCAUGUGGAGGGAAGCUUGAGUUGGGUGUCGGCAAAGCAUGUCGUGCGGAGCCCCAUCGUCGCUGUUCCUAAUCUCCCCGAAUCUCCACCGCCUCUAGAGAAAAAAGGGCUAGGACUAGGAGUGAAUGUUUAAAAUGCUGCAUUUUAUUUUAGUUAUCGUUGAUAUGUAUGUUGCUUAUAACAUGUUAAAUGGGUCAACUUUGUGAGCACUUACAAUACAUGUUGGGGCUAGAAGCUGGAUUGUCAAAUCCUGAAUGCCAACUUCAGAAUAUAUAUGAUACUCGUGUUAUCAUGACAAGAUUUAGUACUGUACUUUCUAA